AUGACCACAGAUCCGGAUGUAGUGAAAAGCCUCGCUCGAGGGGGACUGACGCCGAACGAUAUUGACUUCGUUCUCUACUCCCAUAUCCACUGGGACCACAUCGGCGAACCGCGAGACUUCCCAUCUUCUACAUUCCUAGUAGGACAUGGUGCAUCCGCUCUACUCAACGGCACGUCUUCAGCGUUGCGCGGUGGACACUCGUUCUUCGAAAGCGAUCUCCUCCCGAAGGGUAGGACAAUCGAGCUACCACAGCCAUCCAUUGACCCAGGUCCUCCACACAAGCCAGAUACAGACCAACCCGUUGGGAAGCCAAAUUUAUCACAAUGGGAGUCAUACAAGCAUAUCCCCCACACACUCGAUAUUUUUAGAGACGGCUCUCUGCUCGUCGUAGAUGCACCUGGUCAUUUACCUGGACAUAUAAACAUCCUCGCUCGAAUUUCCGAGACGCAGCAGGUCUACCUGGGAGGCGAUGCCUGUCACGACAGACGCCUGCUGACUGGCGAAAAACAGAUUGGGGAGUGGAACGAUGCAGAGGGUCACGUAUGCUGCAUUCACGCUGAUCGAAAGGACGCCGAAGAGACCAUAGAGCGGAUCAGACAACUAGAAAAGGAAGAUGUCGAAAUCAUCUUCGCGCACGACGUAGAAUGGGAGAACAACAUUGCGAACAGGAGCCGAUUUUUUGGUGCGGGCGCCAACGAGCUUUGA